AGCAGUUGACCAGCAGACGUUACAAGCAAAAUGCAACAAAUCAUCAUCUUCAGCGCCAUUUUGGCAGUCACCCUCGCCGCACCAGGCUACCUAGGAUAUAACACCUAUGUACCGCUUGGCAAGUCGACCGUCACAACAAGCAGCCAAUCUAUCGACCAUGGAAGUACCCACGUCCUACACACGCCUGUGCUGGCGACCCAUGAAGUUGAAUACCACGUGCCAUUAGGAAAGACAACAGUCACAAAGAGCAACCAAGUUGUGAACCACGGCAGCACCGCAGUGGUCCACACUCCAGUGGUCCAUGCUCCAGUGGUCCACGCUCCAGUAGUCCAUGUUCCAGCGUUCCACGCUCCAUCAUACUACACGUCUUACUCCUCUCCACUAGUCUCGUACAAAACUGGCGACUCUGCUAUAACUCAUCAAAGUUCAACUGUGCACGAAACUGUACCAGUUGUUAACUCAUUACCGCUAUACGCUUCAUACCAUUGAAUUGUUUUAUGAAUAAAUGUUUCCGUUA